AUGGGUACCGUUCAGGGUCUCCGUGGCCCAACAAAAAAGAGAUUCCCUUGUAGAAUUGGUACAUGUACCACACCAAUUGAAGUGUCACUGUCUCUAUUGUACGCAAAUGGAGUUGUUCCAGGAGGUAUGGUAAAAGCCCUGAUUUACCCAGGAGCAGUAGCAAAAGCCAUUUAUAAGAACAACGCCAUCCCAAGCUAUGGGAAGCUUCUAGAAGCCUACAAAUUCACCAACAUGAAGGAAUCUUAUAUAACUCAUGAUCUCCAGAACUUAGAGGUUAUAGUAGGAAGUUACUUGUCGGUGGCAGGAGCACUAUUGGGUCUAAUGAAAUCAGGGAGAUUUAGUCUUAUUGGGAUUCUUCUCAUCACAUGGGGUCUUGACAAUCAACUGCUGUUGGAGGGUUUUCACAUUUGCUGCAAAUUUCUUGCUAUUCCUCUGUUUUCCUUCUCUAGGAUAAAGCAAGAGAAGUUCAAGAAUUCUGUUUCAGGUUUAGAAAAGUUGGCCUGA